CGAGGUGUUGAUGGGCUCAUAGCCCUCGAGGCUGCCGUCCUUGCGCAGGCGGUGGUGGGUGCGGCCGAAGGUGACGCAGGGCAGGCAGUACGUCAGCAGGCACGUGUCGAUGGGCGUGAGACACGCGAAGAAAGAGUUGUGCCAUGGUGCGGCGGUGGGGGGCGAUUUCGAGUUGAUGUGCUCGCUGGGGCGCGCGAGCACGUCGUUGAAGCGAGUCUUCCAAUCUUCGACAUCGUGGUCGUUGAUGGGGCUGGGCUUUGCGGGUGCGGCGGCCAUUGUGUUGUUGGAAUGGGGGUAUCACAAAAAGGGACGAGUCAACCAAAGAACAGACGAGACGGGCGAGAGAAGGAGGGCCGGGAAGUGCGGGAAACAUGCAUUUAUAUCACAAAGGCAGCAAGCACCGCGCCAGAGCAAGCACCAGCACAGCACAGCACAGCACACCCUCCCGCAUGCGGAUUCGUGGUUGCCUCUCAGCUCUGUUUGGUCUGUUUCCCCAAACGGCCAGCGCCAAGGGCGUGCAGCAAAGGACUGACGUGUGGAGAUGAGGGCCGGUGUGGGCAUGGGUCUUGGCGCAGUGGUUGCUCGGAUUGUCCAGGGUCCUCCCCAAUGGCCCCAGUUUGCGGGUCGCAGUGCGUUGCAGCGCUUGUCCUGACGCGGACUAGCCCGGCAGGGGCUUCUCAGCCCUCUCGCUUGGCCCCGCAAGGGGUCGUCGGGGUUCGCCCAGUGUCAGCGGAAUAUGCCAGCCCGCUUUCGGGGUUUGUGUGCUGAUCCU